AUGGCGCGGGGUGUGAUCGUGUGGUUCUCUGUUCUCUUAAUCGGCGCGGCAUAUGCCCAGCCAGUUCCGGACCCUCAGUACCCAUGUGACCCCUGUCCAUGCCCCUCACCGUGCCCCGAACCGGACCCGUGCGACCCUUGCCAGCCCCCGUGCCCCGGCCCAUGUGACCCGUGCCCUCAGCCGUGUCCAGAUCCUUGUGACCCCUGUCCGCAGCCAAUCCCGGAUCCCUGUGAUCCCUGUGACCCGUGCCCCCAACCGAAUCCAUGUGACCCAUGCCAAGAGCAGGAUGUAGUGGAAAUCAGACCAUGCAACCCAAAUGAACCAAGUGUCAACUAUGUGUAUGGACAGGCUCCAUAUGGGUCUGUGCUAGUGAAGCCUGGCCAAAUACGUUUCCCUCGGCCAGCUCCAAUCGUCGUUCGCCCAGGGGCAGUGAAACCUCCAAACCCUCCCGUUAUAUACGUGAGACCAGCACCCGUGCAGCCACCAACCCCCACGCCAAUAUACGUCAAACCUCCACCUGUACAACCACCCACUCCAGCACCAAUUACCGUCAGACCGGCACCAGUAUACCCCCCCAGACCACGACCAAUUGUUGUUAGGCCACCACCAGUAGUGCCACCAAGGAUACCACCAAUUAGGGUGCAACCCCAGAGAGUCUGCCCACCGCAACCACCAGCGCUGGUCGUGCAACCACCUAGAUUAAUUGUGCCCCAGGCCCCAGUUAUUUGCUUCAAGCCAAACCCACCAAGCCCCGUAAGAGCAUGCGGAUGCGCACGCAUAUCUGUCUACAAUCCAUGCGCACCACCAUGCCCCGGACCUUGUCCCUCACCAUGCCCCCCCGCCAUGCCCCCCCACCAUGCCCAUGCAUGUGCCAAUAAACAUGCCAACAUCAUCCACUUAAAUUCGAAGUACUAG